AUGGCUGAGUCAGACAACGAUUCAGGAGGUCAAGCAGGUAACACAAGUGGAGGCAAUGAAUUCUCAGGGUGUAGAGAGCAAGACAGGUUCCUUCCCAUAGCAAACGUUAGCAGGAUCAUGAAGAAGGCGUUGCCGACGAACGCCAAGAUAUCCAAGGAGGCCAAGGAAACCGUGCAAGAGUGUGUGUCUGAGUUCAUCAGCUUCAUAACAGGUGAAGCAUCUGAUAAGUGCCAGAAGGAAAAGAGAAAAACUAUCAACGGUGAUGAUCUGCUGUGGGCCAUGACCACGCUGGGGUUUGAGGAGUAUGUGGAGCCUCUCAAGAUUUACCUGCACAAGUAUAGGGAGAUGGAGGGGGAGAAAACUGCCAUGAUGGGAAGGCCACAGGGUGGUGCUGAUCAGAGGGAUGAGGCUUAUGGCCAUGGCCAUGGUCAUGGAGGUGUGGGGCCAAACCCUAUGAUGGUGAUGAUGGGGCAUCAGGGACACGUGUAUGGAUCUGGGAGCGCUGGAUCACCAUCUUCUGCCAGAACUAGAUAG